ACAGUGCGGGAUUCCUCGCUACCCUGGCGCCUUGUCAGCGCCCCUUCCCCUGAAUUUGGUUCACACGGCGGCCCGCCACUUCCCGGCCCGCAGCGCCGGCCUCCCGGCCUCGCGGGCGCCGCCCCAGGUUCGUUCAUUUCCAUCACUGUAGGGACAGGAUCCCUCUCUUGGAUCCCUCAGUUUGCUCCGUGUGGAAGGGGUUCGGGAACGUUCUUGAACUGAACAGGCAGAUGGAGGAUUGUCCUGAGGAUCAGGCACAGCAAUUCAUGAGGAGUUUCUAAGGUCCUUGCUUUUCCAAUCUCAGAAGACAGUGCCUGAAACCAGGGGACAUCAGCCAUGCACCAAACAACUUUGCCUCAGGAGUCAGUGACCUUUGAGGAUGUGGCUGUGUACUUUACCCAGAAUCAGUGGGCCUUCCUGGACUCCGCACAAAGGACCCUGUACAGUGAGGUGAUGCUGGAGAAUUAUGCAAAUGUGGCUUCCCUGGCACUUCCCCUCUCCAAACCUAUAUUGAUCUCCCAGCUGGAGAAAGGGGAAGCACCAUGGGGCCCUGAUCCCUGGGAAGCAGAGAUAUGGAGAAGUGUCUGUCCAGGUGUUGAGUCCUGGAUCAAGAAAGAGUCGCCAACUGUGAAGCAGGAAGCCUCUGAAGAAGCAGAAUCUCACAGAAUACCAGUAGGAGGGCUCCUCAGAAACGUUUCUCAGCACUUUGAUUAUAAAAGCAAGGCAGCAUGGCAGACUUUCAGCCUGAAUCCGAAUCUGAUACUACGAGGUGGAAUGAAGUUCUAUGAAUGUAAAGAGUGUGGAAAAAUCUUCAGAUAUAACUCAAAACUAAUUAGGCAUCAGGUGAGUCAUACUGGGGAAAAGCCCUUCAAGUGUAAGGAAUGUGGCAAAGCUUUCAAGUCCAGCUAUGACUGUAUUGUACAUGAGAAAAAUCACAUUGGAGAAGGGCCCUAUGAAUGUAAGGAGUGUGGCAAAGGUUUGAGUUCCAACACAGCCUUGACUCAGCAUCAGAGGAUCCACACUGGAGAGAAACCCUACGAAUGUAAGGAAUGUGGAAAAGCUUUCCGUAGGAGUGCAGCCUAUCUUCAGCAUCAGAGGCUACACACUGGGGAGAAACUCUAUAAAUGUAAAGAAUGCUGGAAAGCUUUUGGUUGUAGGUCACUUUUUAUUGUUCAUCAGAGAAUUCAUACUGGGGAGAAACCCUACCAGUGUAAGGAGUGUGGCAAGGCAUUCACUCAGAAGAUCGCCUCCAUUCAUCAUCAGAGAGUUCACACUGGAGAGAAACCUUAUGAAUGUAAAGUGUGUGGGAAAGCCUUCAAAUGGUAUGGCAGUUUUGUGCAGCAUCAGAAAUUGCACCCUGUGGAAAAGAAGCCUGUCAAGAUGCUUCAGCCACCCCCAGUGAGUCCCCAGUGUCCCUCUUCAGCCUUAUCUCUGGUUCCUCUCCAGGGUCCAUGCUCUGCCCCAGCUCUGGCUGUGCCUUCAUUGACUUUUCCACAUGCUGUGUUCAUUCCUACCUCUGGGCCUUUGUUCAUGCUGCUGCCCACAUCUGGAAUACCCUCUUCACCUGUCCAAAUAGUACGGGUCUUCCAGAGUCUUACUCCUACUGUAAAGCCAUCCCCAAUUAUUCUGACCCCUUCUUCUCACCCAUCAUGAGCUUUGUUUUGGUAGUUUUUUGGCUCUUAGACCCAGCAAAUCUCCAAUUUGAGUUUCAUUUGUAUUUCUUUUAUGUUUGAUACAACUGUUUCAGCAGAAAUACAUUUGAAGACUGUAUACAUAUAAUAUAUUCUCUUUUCUUCUGGGUAGGAAAUGGAAAUACUUGACCUUUGUAUUGAUUCUCUUUCAGUCUUGAACAACAGUGGUCAUAUAUGCAUUGUUGGGGUGCUGGUGUACGAAGUGGACACUUCUUUGUGUUAGAAAAGUUUCAGAGAGAGAGCAUCCCUGUAUUAGGCCAUUGCGAUUAGAGAGAAAUAGCCUGGGAGAAAUGGAGGAGGUCUGCAAGCCUGUGGGGCUUGGUAAUGGGAGUAUGCUUCCAGCAAUGGAUUUUGGAAUUAGGUGCUGAUUGUUUUAUGGGCUAAAUGUUGUACUAAUGCAAGUGAAGUUGCAUUGCCCUUGGCAUGGAUCAUUGAGGAACUCGUGUCUAUGCAAAAGAGCAUAUGAAAGAUAAUAUGUAUGCAGUAAUAGCAAUCAUUUCCCUGAUUGAUAGUGAGCCUGUCUUUAAACAUAAAGUUUUUUUUUCCCUUUUAGUUUUGCUCUUAAUAUCUAGAUGUGUCUUUUAAACUUUGGUUUCUUAAGUAAAUAUAUACAAAUGUAUUCAUGUUUCUUCCAUCUACUGUACAAAUUUUUUCUUGGUGUGCGUUCUGGUUUUCUAUUUAUCAGCAUUGAAUUCUACAAUUUACUUUCUACAUAUAGCAUGAAUUGUUAACAAGAAUCUGGCAAAUUACUAAAGAAAUUGGAGCAACAGCGUAAAAUGCACUUGGGGGAAAUCUGAAUGAGUGUCUUGCUUUACCACUGAAUUAUACCCUUGGGAGGUGGAGUUUUGGAUUGUUCUUGCUUUUAACCUUGAUGAGGAUCUUUUACAGCUACGCAAAGGGUGAUGUAAAGAAAAAGAACCCAAGUUAUGCAUUAUUAGCAUUUGUUUAAAGUUAAUCCUUCAACAUUGAUGGACAGGCCAGACAUUUUUUCUUUAAAGUUGUGUUUACUAUCUAGUUAUUUCUCCAGCUAACAGAAAGGCUUUCAAGGUAGGGGUUGUUAAACUUUUUUUUUUUUUUUUAAUAGAGGCAUGUUUUUAUUU